AAUCCAGCAAGGCGGGCAGACGAGCCGAGAGUGAGACAACCAUGGCGUCUCUGGCCCUCCGCCCCGUCAUCCCGGCCACCACCGCUUCAUCCAGGACCCUCACGAUCGUCGUUGGCUCCCGCUCCUGCCACGCUGCCACACUCCACCGUGGCUUUCGCUCGCGGCGCCUCAUCACCUGCAAGGCGGAGCCGAGCGGCGGCAACAGCACCCUCGAGCUGGGCGCAGGGGCCGCAGGGCUGGCAUCGAGCGCGGUCGUGGCGUGGUCCCUCUACACGCUGAACACGACGGGGUGCGGCCUGCCUCCAGGCCCCGGCGGCGCCCUCGGCGCCGCGGAGGGGGUCAGCUACCUCGUCGUGGCGGGUCUAGUCGGGUGGUCGGUCACCACCAAGGUGCGCACUGGCUCGGGCCUCCCGGCUGGCCCCUACGGGCUCCUCGGCGCCGCUGAGGGCGUUGCCUACCUCACCAUCGCGGCCAUUGCCGUCGUCUUCGGCCUGCAGUUCUUCCAGCAGGGGUCCAUCCCGGGUCCGCUGCCAUCGGAGCAGUGUUUUGGCUGACUGUGUAUUACUCAUUCGGUUGGAUGUCUGUUGCCGAGUGUGCCCUGCUAUAUACACAUAACUUUUAUUAUUAAGUAAAUUUCUAGCAUUUUAGUUAGAGAUUUAAGUUUCUGUAAUUCCUUCUCCAAGAUUGGCAAAGGCUCUCUUUUGGAUACAAAGCAGCCUGACUCGAGGAAUCGAAGGAUUUCCUGUUUUUGUUUUCCAAAUAAAU